CACUCAGCAGUGACUCUUCUCCUCUCGCAGCGCUUGACUACUCUUCGGCUACAGAGCAGCUGUCAGUGCACACAGCGCGGAGCGUCACGACAAGCAGGAGCUUUGUGAAAGGACAGAGGCUUUAAAAUGCAGCUCAGUUUAUGUUGUUUAUCACGUUGUAGUGUCAGCUCUCAAAACGUUCAAAUCUAGCGUAUAAGCAACGAGUCGAUAGUAAGCUUUAGUGUAUUUUUGUAAUCUCUGACGGACGAGUGUUGUCUUUACCCUCCAUUGGACAGAACUAGUCCAGACAUGAGUACCGUUAAUCUGAUUUUUUGGGACCAGUUGCAGGCUGGCAGCUCGGACGUGGAUUGGUGUGAAGGCAAUUACUUAAUUUACCCCAGCAUCGCUGAGUUCUACAACACGAUCAGCAACAUUUUGUUUUUUGUUUUGCCGCCCAUAUUAAUGUGCUUGUUCCGCCAGUAUGCAACACAUUUCAACAGUGGGAUUUACCUCAUAUGGAUUCUACUAGUUGUGGUUGGUAUUGGCUCAACAUAUUUCCAUGCCACACUCAGCUUCCUCGGCCAGAUGCUGGACGAGUUGGCCAUCUUAUGGGUACUAAUGUGUGCCAUCGCCAUGUGGUUUCCUAAAAGAUACCUACCAAAGAUGUUCAGGAGGGACCGGUCAAGGUUCAAAGUGGUCAUCGGCAUCUUGUCAGGGAUCACCACUGGGCUGGCCUUUGUUAAACCUGUCGUCAACUCAUUGUCUCUAAUGACUCUGGGCAUCCCUUGCACUGUGCUGCUCAUUACUGAGCUAAAAAGGUGUGAGAACCCACGGGUGUUCAAGCUGGGCCUGGUCUCAGGGAUCUGGUGGGCGCUGGCUCUGCUCUGCUGGAUCAGUGACAGGAUAUUCUGUGAGAUGUGGUCAUCUGUCAACUUUCCCUACCUACACUGUGCCUGGCACAUCCUCAUCUGCCUGGCGUCCUACUUGGGGUGCGUUUGCUUCGCCUACUUUGACGUUGCGACUGAGGCCCCAGAGCGAGGACCCGUCAUCAUGUUCUGGCCAAAUGAGAAAUGGGCUUUCAUCGGCGUGCCCUACAUUUACUUUCUCUGUGUCCAUAAGAAGUCUGCUAUCAAGGUGACUUAAUGUGACCCAAGUUUGCUGCUAUGCUGGUCGUGCUUCAACACACACUCACUAGGAAGGAACUGUGAGGAUUCAUCUUUCUUUUUCAGUCCCUGUCUGGUUUCAUUACACAGCGGCGUUUAUGCAACUCAAAAGAACAAAAGGUGUCACACAUUAGUGGCUAACUUGGUGAUGAAAGGAUGACUUUUUAACACGGUAACAAAGCCAAGAAAGAUUUAAAAUGUUCCAAACAUGUUCUCAGGCUUCACAUAUACGAUCAUGUAAGUAUUGGUAUUAUGCAUUUCAAUCUUCUUUAUAGGAAGAUUUUGUACAUUUUAUAGUAACUAAGAAAACCUCAUUAUAAAGCGUUGGAUUGCCUUUAUAAACACACGUAUUGCAUCUCAUAGGUGCAGUCUGGCCAUUAUGAAAGCAUAUUUAGAAACAAUACAGCACUGGAUUCAUUAACUGUGAUUAAUGCAUUAGUACUUCCUAUUGUACUGCUUUGCCAAUCUAACUAUGCUCAAUUAAUCAACAAGCUGGUUCAUAAGAUGUAGAAGUGUUUUAAGUAUUUAACACAAGGCCUUAUGUGUUUAACACGUAGUGGACUCAGGCUGUCAUACCUGCCCUCUCUGUGGACCAGCAUUUUGUCGCGUAGACUUCUUUAUGUACUUGGUGUGUUUUGUUUUACUUCCAGCAUGCCAUUGUGAUUGAUCAAAUAGUAUGAGAUUUGUGUUUAAUAUACUCCUGUAUAUAUUAUGUUAAUUAACAAUGUAGUAUGCAGAUUUUUUCCUAUGAAAAACAUAAUCCAAACAUUACUGAAUGAAAAGGUACCCUUUGCUCUUUGCCAAAUCCCAAAGUUAAAAAAGAAAAUGCGAAUGUAAAAUCAAAUUGUAUGAACUGAAUUAGGUUUGAGAAAAUAUUUACAUAUUUUGCACAAAAUCAAGAAUGGUUCUCAAAGCCAAUGGCUAAUUGCACACUUACAAUUUUGUAACUUUGCUUAUGUACAGAUUCUAAUGCUGAGAUUUUCAAGAUUUUUAUUUUUCAAACAGGCCUCAGCUUUUCAGGGUUAUUUAUUCCAGGCUCAGUAUUUUAGACUUUGUGCUAAAUAUUAUUGCAACAAUGAAAACUGCGCAAAAAGCCUUAACCGGACAGGAUAAUGAACUAGAAAAAAGCGAAUGAAGGUACACGGUGUCCUUGUGAGAUGUAUCUGACAGUGUUAAGGGAAAAAGGGGGAACUACAGUGUCAUAUUAAAUAUAAAAAUGGUAAAGUUGUGGCAUGUAUUAGGUUUGAAUAAUGCUUACUAAGAACUUGUUAGUGUCAAUUGACAUAAACAAUUAGAAAAUAUGUGAGUAAACUAUAAAAGGGAAGUAUGCUGGGUGUUGCAAAGCUAAACACGAGCCCUAAUUGUCAGGGAUCACCAAAUCCUUUUCACCACAAACCAUUGUUUUAAAUGUUCUUGAAAACUGCCUCAAGCUAUGUUAACUAAUAUUGUUUUAGUCUCGCCCUCUUGCAGAGGCUUCUGGGAGCUCAAACUGCUAAAAUAACUUGUGCAUACCUGCAGGAUCAAAAGAAGGAUCAUGAUUUAGAAAGAGAAGCUAGUAUUUUUGUGAGAUUCUGAAGUAUUUUGUUAAAACAAUUUAUAUUUUUCUAUGUAAAGUGCAGCCAAAUUUGAAGGGUGAAUGUUUUUUUGUGCAUGAUUACUAUAUUACCUUUGUAUUGCCAAACUGUUCUUUUUUUAAUUAUUAUUUUAUCUUUAGUGGAAACUUAUGGGACAAUGUUAACAAUGUCAACAAAGAUGAUGUGCACCAGAAUGCUUUUAGUGUGCUGCAAAUUAUAUUGAAUCAUACAUCUUAUCCACGAUGUUGGAUCAUUUGUAUGAAUCACUCUCUGAUAAAGUUUGUGUGAACAGGACCGGGUGCUAAACGCUGCCCUCUGCAUCGUGAUACAGUAUUUGUCUUGGCAUGAGGUAUGGUCAUGAUCUCAUAACAGUGAGUUAAGUCUAUUUUAUGGACUUACAUUUGUAUAUAAAUCUCAUUUUCUCCGCCUGCAUUGACAAUACAGACAAACUGCACAUAAAUAUUUAUUUUCAUAAUUUAUCCUGUUUUGUAAACACAUGUGUGUUAUAGAUUAGUAGAACAUUAGUACUUUGUCUUAUUUUAUGCAAUAAACCAAGCCAAUACUUAAAAUGAUUGCUGGUGUUUUUUUUUUUUACAAUACUUUUAUCGUUUUAAUUGCAUAUUGGAAUACUCCUAGCAUUAAUAAUAUUUUUCACCAUUAAAUAAUAUUAAUUAUUCCUGUAUGUAAACUGAGGUGUCCUUGCAUUGAGAAUCCCAAUGACUCAGAUGACCCACCAGGGGGCAAAGCUUUUCCACUUUAUUUUGUUUUCCUCAGCUGUCUCAGAAAUGUUAACCUUCAUCUGCUUUCAGUUUUUAUGAUGUGAAAAUGACUUGUCAAUGCUUGAAGUGAUUGAAUUAAUAAACGAGCCAUUACAGUU